UCCCCGCCACAACUUUAGCAUGAUGUCUUAUCUCAAGCAACCACCUUACGCAGUGAAUGGCCUGAGUCUCACCACCUCGGGCAUGGAUUUGCUGCACCCGUCUGUCGGUUAUCCCGCCACGCCGCGGAAGCAGCGCCGGGAGCGCACGACCUUCACCCGCGCGCAGCUCGACGUGCUCGAGGCGCUCUUCGCCAAGACCCGCUACCCGGACAUCUUCAUGCGCGAGGAGGUGGCGCUGAAAAUCAACCUGCCCGAGUCCAGAGUGCAGGUGUGGUUUAAAAACCGCCGGGCCAAGUGCCGCCAGCAGCAGCAGCAGCAGCAGAACGGGGGCCAGAACAAAGUGAGGCCGGCCAAAAAGAAGAACUCGCCAGCGCGGGAAGUAAGUUCGGAGAGCGGGACCAGCGGGCAGUUCACUCCCCCCUCGAGCACCUCGGUCCCCACCAUUUCGAGCAGCAGUGCCCCCGUGUCCAUCUGGAGCCCGGCGUCCAUCUCCCCGCUCUCAGACCCCCUGUCCACCUCUUCCUCCUGCAUGCAGAGGUCCUACCCCAUGACCUACACGCAGGCAUCAGGCUACAGCCAAGGAUACGCUGGCUCGACCUCCUAUUUCGGAGGGAUGGACUGUGGAUCUUAUUUGACCCCUAUGCACCACCAGCUCCCCGGACCAGGGGCCACCCUGAGUCCCAUGGGAGCCAAUGCCGUAACCAGCCACCUCAACCAGUCUCCAGCCUCCCUCUCCACCCAGGGCUACGGAGCCUCCAGUUUGGGCUUUAACUCGACCACCGAUUGCUUGGAUUAUAAAGACCAAACCGCCUCCUGGAAGUUAAACUUCAACGCUGACUGCUUGGAUUAUAAGGACCAGACAUCGUCGUGGAAGUUCCAGGUUUUGUGAAGGCCGCCGGGGACCUUUGGGACCCCCCCGCGACGCCGCCCCGAGAACGAACCCGCUGGGCCGAACACUCCCGUUCUAGUCAGGUCUUGGUUAAACUCAAGCGAACACAACUCCACGAUGCAAAACGGACAAACGAACCCACAGCAGCAACAAGAGCCGCAACGAGAAUCAAACCCAACCGCCACGACAAAAGAGAGAGACAGUGUUGGUGGGAGCGUCCUCAGACUCCUCUCCCGCUCGGACGCUCUGGAGAAGGAAGAACCCGGAGGCAUCGGAGGAAGGAGGCCUUAAACGGACAGAUCAUCUAGCGAGCAGACAGCAGGCAGACCCAUCUGUGUUCUUCAUAGUUUUAGGCAAUCGUUGGGUUUCUUUGUCGGAAGGAGGUGGAAGAUCGUUCCAUCGACGGGCCAGUUUAAGAGGAAAAACAAAAAAAGUCUAGGUUUUUAUUUCUUUUUUUUGUGUGUGUGUGCGUGCGUGCGUGUGCGUGGAAAGAUCCUUCUCCCAGAGGUUUCCCAUGUGUUAGCCAACCCUCGGUUGAAUAUCCGGCAUGGAGAGCAUCUCCGCUCCCCGUCUCGCUCUUCUUCUCUCUCCCCCCCUUUCCCAUUCCCUUCUCUCCAGCUCAUUCCACGGUUUGGAGCCACUUGCUCAAGUUGGCGCCGCAAGAACUCGGGUCGGGGCUGCGUGGGUUGUGCGACUGGUUGUCCUAGCUGCACUACUUUAUUUAAAGAAGAAGAAGAAAAAAAAAAUAAUGUUCAUAAGGAGUCAAUAUGUAGUUUUUAAGAGACAAUCAGUGUGUGUCUUAUUAUAAAUGGUACAUCUGUGGUUUUUAAUCUGUGCUAGACUUCAAAACUGUGAUCUCCUGUAUUGUAUGCAACCGCGAGCGCUGCGCCAGCGGGAGCUCGGCUGUGAUUUAAAUAGGUUAUAAUUAUAAGUGAAAUUCA